UCGCGGAAAAGGGGAGGACGCAGGCCACACGGUGGCGGUUGUCUUCCACCUCGGCCUCAGCACCUGCCACACGGAAGAAAAAGACGCUCCAGAAAAAGGGUGAGGGGGCGACGGCCGCCUUCUCCUUCCUCCGCGUCCCCCGCCCGCCCACCUCACGCCCAGACUUCCGGAUCAGCAGCGGCAGUGGCAGCAGCACACUAGUGUCUAGUGCUAUAGUAGCAGUGGAGCGAAAGGAAGCGACCGACCGAGCGCGCGCCCUCCAAUGGCGGCCGCCCCCUCCUCCCUCCUCGCCCCGCCUCCCGCCGCGGCGCCGGGGACCGCGGCGGCCUCCUGCUGCCGCUGCCGGCGCAGGGGCGUCGCCCUCCUCCGCCCGGUGGCUCGCGCCUCCCGCCGUCGCAGCAGGCCGGCGACCCGCCCGGUGAGGUUCUGCGUGAAUGUUGGUUCUGGGUGGCCCGUGGUGCUCAUGGGAUCGAUCCACAGGGGGUCGGCCAGGGGUAUAAGCGCCGCUGGGGUGGGUGCCGACGCUGCGGGUCAAGUCGGUCAGGAUGACGACGACGAGGAUGUAGCUCGUAUCACCAAUGAGGCGCUUCGUGCCACCAUCCGGAAGAGCAAAGAAGUGCUGGCAAGGCACAGGAGUAUACUCAAGCAGAUAUCGGAAAAGAAGAAGCUCAUCUCCGCUAUAGCGGACAGUUCCAUUCAUAAUGAGCAAGAGCCACUCAGUGGUCAGAGUGAUAGUACCUUUACACACCUGAAUGCAGUUUCAGAGGGUGAAGAGAUUGGCUAUGGCCGUCAGACUUUCCUUGAUAGGCAUGCUCAGCAAUCUAAAUUUGACACAGUUUAUGGAGAAUCCAUCUAUGAUCAGAAUGAAUACUAUGAAAGUUUAGAUGGCGAUGAUGCUGAAUUCAGUGAAUCAUUUGGCGAGGUCAACUAUGAGCAUUAUCAGUAUCAGUAUGACAGUUUUCCUAGAGCUGCUCACAGUGUAUAUGAACCAGAAGAUGCUCACAGCGAAAAGGAGCAGCCAGUUAAUGAGGGAGCAAAUAACAAUUCAUCUGCUUCAGGCGGCGUCGAUGUUAUGAAUGUCAUAUUGGUAGCUGCAGAGUGUGCACCUUGGUCCAAAACAGGUGGGCUCGGAGAUGUUGCUGGAGCUUUGCCCAAGGCUUUGGCCAGGAGAGGUCAUCGUGUCAUGGUAGUAGUUCCAAAAUAUGGUGACUAUGCAGAACCACAAGAGAUAGGAGAACCAAGGAGGUACCAAGUUGCAGGGCAGGAUAUGGAGGUCAAGUAUUAUCAUGCAUACAUAGAUGGUGUGGAUUUUGUUUUCAUUGACAAUCCGAUCUUCGACCAUGUUGAGAGUGAAAUUUAUGGUGGAAACCGCACAAUUAACUUUUAUCUGCAGGAUAUAUUGAAACGAAUGGUUUUGUUGUGCAAAGCGGCUGUAGAGGUUCAAUGGUACGUUCCAUGUGGUGGUUUCUGCUAUGGUGAUGGAAAUCUUGUGUUCAUUGCAAAUGAUUGGCAUACUGCACUGCUUCCUGUUUAUUUGAAGGCAUACUACCGCGACAAUGGUUUUAUGACAUAUGCCCGUUCUGUUCUUGUGAUACACAAUAUAGCACAUCAGGGUCGUGGCCCGAUAGAUGACUUCGGUUACCUGGAUUUGCCAGGUCAUUGCAUGGAUCAGUUCAAACUUUAUGACCCAUUUGGAGGUGAUCAUCUAAACAUUUUUGCAGCUGGUAUUAAAGCUGCUGACCGUUUGCUUACAGUUAGCCAUGGUUAUGCAUGGGAGGUCAAAACACCUGAAGGUGGUUGGGGCCUUCAUAGUAUCAUUUAUGAAAGCGAUUGGAAAUUCCAGGGUAUUGUAAAUGGUAUUGACACAACUGAUUGGAAUCCUUGGCAUGAUGUCCACCUACAGUCUGAUGGAUACACCAAUUAUUCUCUAGAAACCGUUCAAACAGGUAAAGCACAAUGUAAGGAAGCAUUGCAGAAAGAGCUUGGCCUCCCAGUUCGUGGUGAUGUUCCUGUCAUUGCUUUUAUUGGACGGUUAGACCAUCAGAAAGGUGUUGACCUGAUAGCAGAAGCUAUGCCAUGGAUUGCUGGCCAAGAUGUACAAUUAAUUAUGCUGGGUACCGGAAGGCAAGACCUUGAAGAUACAUUGAGGAGGCUUGAGAGCCAGCACUAUGACAGGGUUAGGGGCUGGGUCGGGUUUUCUGUCAGGCUGGCACAUCGUAUGACUGCAGGGGCUGAUAUACUAUUGAUGCCAUCAAGGUUUGAGCCAUGCGGGUUGAACCAGCUAUAUGCCAUGAUGUAUGGGACUGUCCCAGUUGUUCAUGCGGUUGGAGGUCUCCGAGACACGGUCGAACAGUAUAAUCCCUAUGAGGAGGUUGGACUUGGUUGGACUUUUGAAAAGGCAGAGGCAAACAAAAUGAUCGAUGCACUAGGGCACUGCUUGAACACGUACAGAAAUUACAGGAGCAGUUGGGAGGGCAUCCAAAGGAGAGGGAUGAUGCAAGAUCUAAGUUGGGACAAUGCUGCCAAACUCUAUGAGGAAGUUCUUGUUGCUGCCAAGUACCAGUGGUGACUGCUGAGCAGUCAAAGAAACUGUUCAUGGUUGUCGUUCACUGAGAAAGAAAAGCUUUCCUCUCUUAUGAGUCACUGCUUUAAAUCUCUUGGUGUGUCACGCAGCUGUCUGCUUGCCUCAAAUCCCAAAAUUUUCACCUUGGUGAAAACUGGAUGACCACAAUGUUCAUGUCAGAUCCUAGAUCGCGGCCAACAUGGCAAAUUCUGAGCUUGCAUCCUAGACAAACACAAUGGAAGUGAUUUUUCCUGGAAAGAGGUAAACGGCAGAGAGAAGAUUCAGUGGCAGCAUCAUGCAUUUUUGAAGUGGCUUCUAGUUCAUUUGUUUUACUGGGUGAGCUCAGUUAAAUGCUUUAGUACAGCAGAAUAGUAGAUGGCAGAGAAAAAUGUUGCUUCAUUUCCUGAAUAGUUUUGUUGUAUUUCUAAUUAGGUUAUUGAAUAGCAGAUAGUAGAGAAAAUGCUUUACUAUUA